AUGGCUCUCACGGCCAAUGACCUUCUUGGUCGAUUGUCCCAGACUCUCGCCCCAGCACAUUCUCAAGUGUCUCAGCUGCUCCAGCCAGGGGAUCAUUUGUGUGAGGAGAGUCACCUCGUCCUCAUGUUUCAUCUUCAAAUAGAUAAUAUAGUGAACCUGGCUCUGGAAGUCCGAUUAAGCUUUAAGCUUGAGAGCAAUUUUGGCCCGGGUUCUGGAUUUGGCGGCCAACCAGAGUCAUCUCCAGCAAGGCUUCCUCUUUCUGAGCCAAUAACUCCGUCAGAUGGGCAAUUUGCCGAAGCAAAGAAGCAGAGAUCUGUAGAAAAUGGGCAAAAGGAUGAUAGGAAGGCAGAGGAACUGCGAGAGCUAGUGGAUACCUUCAGUAAAGUAGAAGUGAAUAUUCCAUUACUGAAAGUCAUUAAGCACAUUCCAAAGUAUGCAAAAUUUUUGAAAGACCUGUGUGUUCAUAAGAGAAAACUGAAGGGCAGCGAGCUAGUCAGUAUGGGGGAUAGUGAUUUUGGAGAUGCAAUGUUGGAUCUAAGAGCCUCAGUCAAUGUUAUGCCAAAAUCCAUUUUUGAAGCACUUUAUUUUGAUAUACUAAGUGAUGCUGCAACAGAAUUAAUGAACAUUUCUGAAGAGACCACCUUUGUAGGAGAUGAAGUAUCCUUCGACCUAGAGGAUAAUGGCAAUGACUACAGCCUGGAAAACAGAGUUGCUGGAGAAUUCAUGGCAGAGUUGUAUUCAGAGAAGUCAGAUUCAGUAGUAGAACAGGAAUCGACAUUAGAGUUGAAACCUUUACCAGAUCAUCUCAAAUAUGCUUAUUUGGUAGACGAUAUACCAGGUAUUAGUCCGGUCAUAUGCAAACAUCAGAUAUUUUUGGAGGCUGAUGCUAAGCCAAUAAGACAGUCACAACGCCGUCUUAACCCACUUAUGCUAGAGGUAGUCAAGGCUGAAGUGUUACUUAGGUGUAUAGAAACUAACCUUGUGUUGAACUUUGAGAAAUGUCACUUCAUGGUUGAGAAGGGUAUAGUCUUGGGUCAUAUAAUUUCAAAUGCUGGAUUACAAGUAGAUACUGCAAAAGUUAACGUAAUAUUAUCUUUGCCUUACCCCAAAGAAGUCGAAUUUAAUUUUGACCAGGAUUGCAGAGAUUCAUUUAAUAGAAUUAAGAAGGCUCUUGCUUCUGCUCCAAUUAUUAGACAACCGGACUGGACACUUCCGUUUGAAGUGAUGUGUGAUGCAUCAAACUUUGCAGUGGGAGCAGUUUUAGCUCAGUGGCGAAUGGGUACAAUAGGGCAAAGGAAUGAAAUGCCGCAACAUCCAAUAUUAUUUUGUGAGAUCUUUGACGUAUGGGGCAUUGAUUUUAUGGGCCCUUUUCCUAAUUCUUUUGGUUUUAUUUACAUACUGCUUGCUGUCGAUUACGUUUCUAAAUGGGUGGAGGCAAUUGCUACCAAAACUAAUGAUACUGUUGUUGUUGUGAAUUUUGUUAGGAAUAACAUAUUUUGUUGGUUUGGAAUACCUAGAGCAAUCAUUAGUGAUCAAGGAUCACAUUUCUGCAAUAGACAUAUGAAAGCCCUGCUGAGCAGCUAUGGUGUAGUUCAUAAGGUGUUAACUCCUUACCAUCCUCAAACAAACGGGCAGGCCAAAGUUUCUAAUAGGGAGAUCAAACUGAUUCUGGAAAAAACAGUAAGACCCGACAGAAAAGACUGGAGUAGAAGACUGAGUGAUGCUUUGUGGGCCUAUCGGACAACAUUCAAAACACCAAUCGGUAUGUCACCAUACAGAAUUAUUUAUGGCAAGUAUUGCCACUUGCCAGUGGAAAUAGAGCACAAGGCAUACUAG